AUGGGAGCAAAGUCGACUGCGGACUACAGACCCAUUGCACUCUGCAAUGUGUAUUACAAGACGAUAUCUAAACUGCUCUCCCGACGGCUCCAACCCAUGCUCCAAUCCCUCAUAUCCGAAAUGCAAUCUGCUUUUGUCCCAAAAAGAGCCAUAUCAGAUAAUGUACUUAUAACUCACGAAGUUUUACAUUAUCUGAAAAACUCAAAGGCAAAGAAACAUUUCUCGAUGGCUGUCAAGACUGACAUGAGCAAAGCCUAUGACAGGCUAGAAUGGGUUUUCAUCGAAAUGGUGCUUACUACUAUGGGGUUCCAUCCUACUUUCACUGGCUUAAUCAUGCAAUGCAUCACUACUAUCAACUACACUUUCAUUAUCAACGGUGCUACUAGAGGAUAUGUUAAGCCGGGAAGAGGGAUCAGACAGGGAGAUCCCCUAUCCCCUUACCUCUUUAUUCUCUGCUCGGAAGUCCUCACAGGAAUGUGCAUGAGAGCCCAAGCAAGCGGCUUGAUGUCGGGAGUCUCUAUUGCAACCCACAACCCAAGCUUGAAUCACCUCCUGUUUGCUGAUGUUACCAUGUUUUUCUGUAAACCAAACAAGAAGAAUGCAGAAGCGUUAAAGUCACUCCUUUCAGAUUAUGAAGCGGUCUCAGGCCAACUGAUCAAUAAGCAAAAGUCGUCUAUAUUCUACUCUAAGGGUACUCCACAAGAAAGAAGAAGCGCAAUGAAAACUACCCUAGGAAUAGACAAAGAGGGAGGGGUAGGGAAAUACCUAGGCCUACCGGAGCAUUUUGGCAGAAGGAAAAAAGACUUGUUUGCGUCGGUUGUAGGCAGAAUCCAACAGAAAGCUGCUAGUUGGUCUUCAAAGUUUCUCUCCAACGCGGGGAAGAUGAUAAUGGUUAAGAGUGUCCUGGCGCCGAUCUCAUCGCAUACGAUGUCUUGUUUCAAACUCCCUCAGUCCAUCUGCGCAAACAUUCAAUCAACUCUAACUAGGUUCUGGUGGGAUGCGGAGCCUGCCAAGAUUGGCUGGCGUAUACUGAAGAAUUCCUCAUGCCUACUAGCGCGCUGCCUGUUGGGGAAGUAUUGCCACAAUACCCCUUUCCUCGAAUGCAAGGCUUCCUACAGCUCCUCCCAUGGAUGGAGAGGUGUGUUAAUAGGCAAAGACUUGCUCUCCAAACAACUUGGAUGGAUGGUGGGAACGGGAGAGGACAUUAAUGUCUGGCAAGACCCGUGGCUCUCACACUCUAAGCAACUAAGGCCAGUUGGCCCAGUUCCAGAACAUCUUCAAGACCUCAAAGUAUCGAACCUUCUCCAUCAAGAUGAACUAGUAUGGCUGAAGAAUGACACGGGAGAAUAUUCUACAAGAUCUGGUUACCUGACGCUAAUAGAAGAGAAGACUGAUCUCAAUCCUCAGGAUCAAACGGCUUCAAUUGAGUGGCUCCCCAGCGUCUGGAAGAUUAAAACAGCUGAGAAAAUCAAGGUCUUUAUAUGGAAAUCCCUACAAAAUGCACUUCCAGUAGGAGAACAAUUUGCGAUAAGAAACAUACCAGUCUCACCUUUGUGCGCAAGAUGCAACGACGUUGAAUCAGUGAACCACCUCCUUUUCACUUGCCCUUACGCUGCAGAGGUAUGGAGCCUGGCUCCCUUAGCUUCUAAUUUCAACCCCCUCGUUAGCUUGAAUUUCCAGGAAGGAUGGGAAAGGACUAGGAAGAUCCACUCUCUCCCACCAAUGGGUAUUGAAGCAGGGACCCUCGCGGCCUCUAUCAUCUGGUCACUAUGGCGAUCGCGAAACCAGCUCAUCUUUGAAAAGAGGAGUUUCUCACCGGCAGAGACAAUUCAAAAGGCCAUCACUGAUGCCAGAGAAUGGAUCUCAGCCCAACCUCCUCCAAUCCAAAAGCAACCGAUACCGUUGAUCAGACUCGAACCAAGCCCUAGGAACCCUGAUAUGUGCUCGAUCUUCACCGAUGCUGCAUGGAACGCCUCGUCAGGGAUAGCAGGACUUGGUUGGAUCAUUGAUGAUAUGGUCUCCUCAUCGCAACACUCAGUGCUAGAAACUUCGGUUUCAUCGCCCCUAAUGGCUGAAACUUUGGCAGUUCGCUCUGCCAUGAUCUUUGUCCUCUCUCGCGUACUCGAUUCCAUCGCUCUCUUCUCUGAUUCUCAGACGCUUAUCAAUACUAUCGCAAGGAAGAAGAUGAAUCUCGAGACUUUUGGUGUCUUAAAUGACAUCUACUCCCUAUCUACCGCUUUCAAAGCAAUUUCGUUUUCUUUUGUUCCUCGUUUAGAGAAUGUUAACGCAGACUUGGCUGCAAAACAAGUCCUCUGGACCUUUGGCCCAUUUUAA